CCUUUUGCAGAAACAGUGCUAUACUGUAUCUGAAAAAAGUAUCACUCUUAAGCUUGGCUGCUGCUACUUUCUACAAAGGCUUUUAGGUAGCUAUUUGUUUGAUACAGUGAAGGGGAAUUGAGGGACAUCAGUUUUUAUUCAAUUUCGUACAUAUCACAUUAGAUAUCCAGAAUACCAGUUUCCGCAGAUCUCUUUUUCUUGAUAAUAUCAGACAUGGAUUAAUUAUACGUAAAAGUAAUUGUGUUUUGAGGUAUGUCAAACGUGCCAAAGGUAAAAGUACAAAUCUUCCAAUUCAUAAGUUUAGGAAUUACACGUGGAUUUUAGAAGCGAUUCUAAGCCAAAAAAAUUAUAUAUAUAUGUGUAUGUGUGUGUAUAUAUGUGUGUGUCUGUGUGUGCGCGCGCACGCGCUGUGCUGCCUCGGUGUUUGUUUCUUUGAUUCAUUUUUCUAUUCUCUGUGUAGUUUUGAAGCCAGGCAGGUGUGGCAGUACUGGAAAGGGAACAUUCUCAAAGGGCUACUUAAAGAGGUGUUGAUGCUUUGCUCUUUUCUCCCAAGUCAGUUCCAACCCAAGUCUCCCCACAAAUAGGGUCCCCAUCCAGUGGAACUAUCUGUAAUAUAUAUGCCAGCAACCUCCAUUUUUACAUAAUGCUUAAGAAUCACAAGGCACAUCUUUCCAUGAUUAAUUUUGAUGAUGAUGAAGGUUGGAAAAUUUUUAAGUGUGCGAUUACAUUGGACCCAUCUAAAUUUUCUCGUUACAAUUUUAUAUCAUAUACUAUUUUCAGGUACUGUUUGUGGCUAGUAUGCCCUGCCCUAUUAGGGCAGGAACAGCUGGUCUUAUUAUUAUUUUUGGUAAUUGGAUAGUUUGAGUUUAAAAAGUGCCUUUUGCUUGAUAUUGGCGUUAGUCAAUCUCAUAUUGCAGAAUGACAUUCACUAACUUUUCUAAUGCUCAUGGCUGCCUUCUACAGGUCCAAACAUUUAUUUGGAGUAGAAAAAACUAUUAGCAUUUAUUUCAAGUUUAUUAUGUGCUAAAUAAUUCUACUAAGCAUUUAUAUACCUGAUGUAUAUAAACUGCCCCUGUUGGAAUAACACUCUGCAACUUCCUAGCUGUGUGAACUUGGACACGUUACCUAACUUCUCUGUGGCUUACUUUCCUCUCCUUAAAGUGAGGAUAAUAAUACUGCCCACCAAAUAGCACCCUAUGAAGAUUGCAAAGAUUAAAUGAGUCAAUAUAUGUAAACAGAUGUAAAACAUAUAGGAAGUGCUAUGUAAAAGCUAUUAUGAUUAAUAUGUUCUUUAAUUCUCAUUUUACACCUCCAGAAAUUGAGGUGGAGAGAGGUUAACUUGUCCAAAGUCACAAAGCUACUAAACGGCAGAAUCAGGAUUCAUACACAGGCCAGGUUGAUUCCACAGCCUGUAUUCUUGGUAAUAUCACCCAUUGAGACUGAAUGAGUUUAUUAAUAGACUUCAAAUAAAAUAAAUGUAUUCAACUGAUCAUUGUUUAAAAACUGUUCAAACACCUGCAAAUUAAAACAAACCAUGUUUUUAAAAAACAAAAGAAUUUAUUCUGUAAAGAAAAAAUGGUUUUACUUAAUUUACUACUUAAGGAAGCCCUUCUGUGUUAUGUGUCAUCCACUUAGAACCUAAUUUACAAAAUGUCUUACUAAAAAGUUGUCUAUCUAGGCCACUGUGGUCUCUGGGCAUGGCAUCAAGGUCAUCCCCAUGGGGAUAAUCUCUUUUAGUGCACAAUAAAGUUAUAAAGUUAUCUCAACAUUUUUUAAAACCAUUUGUAUUUGCAGCUGGUAGUAUUCCUUAAAUUGAGUUGCACAGGUUUAUAUUCCAUGUAUUGUAUUGCACCUUGUACUUAAGUUUAUCUUGGGGUUUUUAACAUUUUCAUCUUAGUUUAAGGAGUCCUGAAUUUUGUGAACAAAUGUCAUAUGUCAAAAAAUGUUUUCUAGUCAAAUCAAAUUGGGAAAUGUUAAACAACAUAAAGUUUCUUUCCUGCAUAACUUGCCAGAGCUUUUACUAUGCUAAUGUGCUUUAUGACUCUCCAAGAUUCCCAAACUUAUUUGACCAAGGAAAAUGUAGGGAGCAAGAGUUCUAAGAAUCAAAUUUUUCCAUUCAUACAACCUGUGAUUUUAUAAGCUUUGAUCUGAAUUUCUCUCACUCAGCCUAUACUUUUCUCUGCUGAGAAUGUUGUUGGUUUGUGUUCAUAGGGUGGAUUCUCUGUCCCUUGAUAACUUGCAGUUGCCUUUCUCUAGGUCUUCAUAGAGAAGGCCUAGAGAAGUAUCCUGUACACAAGUAUCCUGGACAUAAGUCCAGGAUAAUGUGCUGAGGGUCAUUCCCAGGCUCAUCCUGCUGAUGCUUCCGAGAAUAUUUUGUAGUGACUCAUAGUAACUCAGACCACCAUCUCCAAUCUGUUUGCUCUCUAUUCUGCUGGAAUUAUUUCCUUUUAAUGUCAGUGUAACCAAUAAAAUUUUGUUUUUCAUUCAAAACAAAUUUAUACUUCAACAUGAUGGUUGAUGAUAAGACCUAUCUGUAAAGUUGAGAUGGUCCUGAAAGCCUUAACAUUUGGUUUCCAUUUAAAAAAAAUUAUUGGCCACACUUAUGUCUUUUGGGCUUGAAAUCCAGGCUUUAAUAUCUUUUAUCUUGAUGUUAGUGUUUACUAGGUUUUUGUUUGUAUCUCUCUUUUCCAAAGCUCUUGGGUGUGAGGAAAGAGGCAGAACAAUUGUAUCUGCUAAGUGAAAAAAAAAAGGUUUUGAAAAAUUUAAUACAUAGCUGGAGACUUAGGCCUAGAGAAUCAAUCUCUACACAUGUAUACGUGGUAAAUCACAACCACCACUGUGGACUUCCUUUGUUUCACCUCCCUAUCAACCAUGCAUAUGCACCUGUUCACAGAAGCAUUAUUUGACUAGUAUUUGAGACUCAUAGUGCCCAGGACUGUAUCAUUCCUGCUAUUAAGCAGCAUACAAUACUAUACCUUGUGGGAGACAGAACUUGUGAAAUACGCAGAUAAAAUAUGCAAGGAGAUUUAUAAUUAGAGGCCAAAUAUGCACUGUAGUUUAAACAUAAAUGCUACAGUCAUAAAAGGCAAGAAUUUUCUAAAAUUUUCAUAGAAGAGGUAGGCACCUGGACUCUGCUAUAAUAGUACUGAGAUAAGCAUAGAGGCCUGAGGAGGCAUUUAAGGCAAGUGGAAAUCAAGAGCAAGCAUAUGGAGCUAGAAAAUGAGCCUAGUAUUUCGGGAAAGUUUGUCUUAAAAUACAUUGGUACUGGUGGUACCUGCUGGAAUUGAUGACAGAUAGGAUAUAGCAGAAGAAGAGGAAAAAAUACAAGAUAACUCAUAAGUUUUGAGUCUGCAGGACCAGGAGUGGUGGUAUUGCCAUUGACAGAAACUGGGAUUUGAUUAAGGAGAAAGGGUUCCAUAUAUGAAAACUAGGAUGGGAGCUUAUAGCAGGCUCAAUGUCAGAUCCACUCAAGGUACAAUGUGUGAAGCAUCUGGUUUAUUCUUGACAGUCUCACUAUGAGGGCUCUAAAAACCUCUCAUGCUGCAUUUCCUUUCCCACCUAAUGGCCACCUAAUAGGAAUAGGAGGUCUUUGUUUUGUGGGGCAGAUCCUCCAAUGCCAUAUCUGUACUCUGCCAAAGGUGGAAAUAUGGUACAAGUGUGUUGUGAUGCUGUAAGGUCCACAAGAUUCAUUUAUGCAAAAUGCAUGUCAAGUUAUUGUGAGGUCCUUAAAUGAAAUCUGGGGCUGGGCAGAGGAUCAUUGUGGGGAGAGUUUGCUUUACCACCCAGACGCUCCAGGAGGUACAUUUCCUUUACACCCCUCAAUGGGCACAAGGGGUUUUCUGGUCUUCUGUCUUGGGAAAUCAAAAUUUAAUCGUAUACCUCUAUGGAAAAAUGGGCUCCUGUAACAUCCUGCAGCAUUAUUAAAAUGAAACAAGGACCUAGAUAGAUAACUGUCAUUUGCUUUCACAUCACCAUGAUUCCCAAAGUUUCUUGCAGCUCAGAGAUUCCAUGAAGCUACCUUAAAUACUUUUCCUAACAUGAAAAUCCCCUUCUGGAAAUGCCUAGCUGCUACUACCUUUCAUAGUAAACUGACAAAUAGGUCUUUGCCCUUAAAACAAACUUUUAAUUUCAACUUAGAAAGCCAUGCAUAUGAUUUGUCCUUCAGAAUUUUACCUUUUAAAAUGAAAACGGCUUGGGAGUGGCAUUUACCUGGGAAAUAUGGCAUGCAUGUAUCUGUUAUACUGCCUUCCUGCCAAAAUGAGUGUGUCCUUAGGCACACUCUUGUACAUAUUGUAUUGCUGCCUACAUUUUGUCAGACACUGCUUUGUGCAUACAAAGAACGUGAGACCACUGUCCAGCUUCCUAUAGUGUUAGCUCUAUAUUUUCAUAGAACUUCUCACCUAGCCAAGUUCUUGAGUGCUUUGCAGUCAAAAGUUAGCAACCCGAGGCUCUGAGUAUCACUUCAGUUGUCUUGCAGAAAGCUUCAGAUGUCUUUGGUUCUGGUUGGUGGCUGCUAGUACCAGGUCACCUUGCUCACUGAUGAGUUCAUUCAAACCCAAAAAGUCACACCUGUGUCCUGUGCACGGGUGCUGCAGGCUUAGGUGGAGAAAAGCAGGGCUAGAAUUGGAACCCAAAGCCCAGAAUGGCAGGAGAGGAUGUGGGGGCUCCACCCGAUCACCUCUGGGUUCACCAAGAGGGUGUCUACCGCGACGAAUACCAGCGCACAUGGGUGGCCGUCGUGGAAGAGGAGACAAGUUUCCUAAGGGCACGAGUCCAGCAAAUUCAGGUUCCCCUAGGUGACGCAGCUAGGCCAAGUCACCUUCUUACCUCCCAGCUACCUCUCAUGUGGCAACUCUACCCGGAGGAGCGCUACAUGGAUAACAACUCUCGCUUGUGGCAGAUACAGCAUCAUUUAAUGGUCAGGGGAGUACAGGAGCUGUUGCUUAAGCUUUUGCCUGAUGAUUAACCUGGUGCUGGGAUUCUAGGAAGAUAUGCUUCUUUGUUCUGUUCAGUUUAUGGCAAUCACUUCAUCCUCUACUGCAGUGCACCCACCCUUGGGCCUGGGGGGAGGGAGUGGGUUGAAAAACUGCUCAAGAACACAGAAGUUUAGGAAGGGUCAUGAAGAAUACUACAAGUGAAACUGCAGAGAAAGGGAGAAAGCAGGCAGAAAGUGAGUCAACAAAAGCACUUAGUCAGGAUACAUAACUUGAAAUUGACUCCUUUGGAAAUUGCCAUAGAACCUUUAAUGGACAUCAUCGACUGGAACUGGGAUCUGAUGAAUCCCACAAAAGUCAGCACCUGCUACAGAACAGAUGCCUUGAUCACCGAGGACUUGGUACUGAUUUAGAGAGAAGAGAGUAGCUCCUAGCAGCAUCAACAUCUAUUUGUCGCUUAUUUGCCCUGCAGCAAUUAACCUGCCUUUCCCUCUCCCAUCCUGUAAAUAUCCUAGGUUUUGCUACAGUGUUUCCCAUCCCAGUACUGACCUAAUUUGGAUCUACUGAGAACUUAGGAGGCUCUGAAAAAAAGAUUUGUAUUGAUGAAAUUAGCUACAGAGGCUCCUGGGCCUUUUUUCUUUCUGAAACUGUCUUCAAAUUAUUAGAAGUUGAUCAAAAUUGUGGGCACCUAAAUUCAUUCUCUGGUUACAGAUAUUUUAAAUAAUCUGGCUUCUAUAAGAACUAAAAAAUUUAGUGCUUAACUGGAACCUUUUUCAGAAAGUAAUAGCAUCAAAUAUUGCUGAUUCCUAGGAAAGAAUGUACUACUUGUAUAUAAUUUCCUGAGUUAAAGUAGUCAUAAUAGUUUAUAUACAUUAAAAGUAAGGUUUUACUUUUUUAAAAAGUUUUGAAUAAUAGCUACCAUGUAUUGAGUCCUUAUGGCCUCCCAGGCACCAUUGUGUGCACUUUAUAUACUUUAUCACAUUUAAUCCUUUUGUCAAUCCUUUGAGGCAGGUAUGAUUCCCAUUUCAUACAUGAGUAAUAAGGAAAAAGGCUCAAGGAGUUUAAUCAUUUACCAAGGGUUUCUUCUGUGAAUGAUAGAGCCGGGCUGCGGUGUAGGCUCCUCUAGUCUAACAUUGGUUUAUAAUAUUCAAGACGAGUUGACUGAAUUAAAAGUUUUUUCCAUGUAAAGCUAUUCAUAUCAUCCAAACCUAAUGAAAUGGAUAUUGUAAAAAUACGGUUGAUUCAUCCUAUAAA